UCCAAUAUUACCUAUCACACCCUGCUAUGUACUCCGCCGCAUCCAAAGCUAAGCGCCGCACACAUGCCCGCCCAGAGCUCUCCGACGAGCAAAAGCAAGAAAUCAAAGAAGCCUUCGAGCUGUUCGACACGGACAAGGACCGAUGCCUUGACUACCACGAACUGAAAGUCGCGAUGCGCGCGUUAGGAUUUGAUUUGAAGAAGGCUGAGGUGCUGAAGAUCUUGAGGGACCAUGAUAAGACGGGACAUGGGCUUAUGGAGUAUGAGGAUUUCGUGAAAAUUAUGAGCGAACGUAUACUUGCACGCGAUCCAUUAGAUGAGAUAAAGCGCGCGUUCCAAUUAUUUGACGAUGACAAUACCGGGAAGAUUAGUCUGCGGAACUUACGGAGAGUAGCAAGGGAUUUGGGUGACAAGCUUGAUGAUGAGGAAUUACAAGCGAUGAUAGAUGAAUUUGACUUGGAUCAGGACGGGGAGAUUAAUGAACAAGAGUUCAUUGCGAUUAUGACAGACGACGCAUAGCGUGCGCAAUGCGUCCUCUAUGGAGCUCUGAUUUUUACUGUUCUUCUCCUAUGUUGCACCAAUGUAUAUUAUGCCGCAGUGGUGACUCUGACAUUCAUCUU